UCUAAACCCUUGCAUAUAGUAUUCAAAUAAUGCAUCACAGAAAUUGAAGAAACCCACAAUAAUCGAGCUCUAGUUUAGCUGAUGAUGGAAGAUGAACCGGAAAGCGAAGGUCUUGCCAUCAAAGCCCUUGGUUCCCUCUUCAAGAUUACAGAAGUCUUUCUAUGGGACGACGAUGACGACUCAUUUGAAACGAGCGAAGGGUUACGUUCUAAGGAACAAACUAACUUUCUUGAUGAUGAAGAUGUUGUUAAUCAUCAUGCCAGAUUGAAAACCUUUUCCAUUACAGCAGAGGAUGCAGAGCUUUCCAUGCUUAUGAAUGAAUUGGGUCUUCCACAUUCCUUCCAAACUAACAAGGCAAAGAAGAAGAAGAGAAAAGAAAAGGUAAAAAUGAAGGACCCAAACCUGGUUAUUCUCGAUAUUCAUGAAACAAUUGCCAAUGGCACUGCGAAUCCAACCAAAGUGAGUGAGACAGAGACUGCUUCCACAACUGUUUUACAUGAUAUAUCUAGCACUGUGAGUUCAUUAUGUUCCAUGUCAAAGCUGGACUCCAGUGAACAAUAUUCCUCUGAUAUUGCAGUUGGUGCGCACAAAACUGAAUGUCUCAUUGAUCAAGAAGAACAGCUUGCCGAUAAUUCAUCAAGUAUUAAAAAUGAGGAUAGCAUGGAAACUUCUGCACAAAUAGAUAAGAUCGAUGAUGGAUUUUUGGACCAAAGGUUUGUGAUUGCUGAAAAUAUUGACCAUUUUCUGAAGGAAGAGAAUGGAGGCCUCCUGGAAUUUGCCUGUACACCCAUUGAUCAAGAAGAACAGCUUGCCGAUAAUUCAUCAAGUAUUGAAAAUGAGGAUAGCAUGAAAACUGCUGCACAAAUAGAUAAGAUCGAUGAUGGAUUUCUGGACCAAAGGCUUGUGAUUGCUGAAAAUAUUGACCAUUUUCUGAAGGAAGAGAAUGGAGGCCUCCUGGAAUUUGCCUGUACACCCAUUGAUCAAGAUGAAGUUAAUUCAUCAAGUAUUAAAAAUGAGGAUAGCAUAGAAAAUUCUGCACAAAUAGAUAAGAUCGAUGAUGGAUUUUUGGACCAAAGGCUUGUGAUUGCUGAAAAUAUUGACCAUUUUCUGAAGGAAGAGAAUGGAGGCCUCCUGGAAUUUGCCUGUACAGAAGGUGAUAUGGUGAAUGAUGGUGAUUUGAAUAGUACAGAAGCCAAUUUGGCUACAUAUCCACAUUCUCUAGAAGUUAUGGACCUGGUUGGGACUGAUGACAAAGGUUAUAAUGCAUCCGGAGACUGGACUUCACACUGGGACACGUUCUACAUGAGAAAUUACUUCUAUAAUAUCAGAACAAACGAGUCGACAUGGGAACCUCCAGAGGGCAUGGAACACUUAGCAUUUAGUGAAGCCGACAAACUUGUAGAAUUGGAUAUUGAGAGUGCCAGUCAAGAUGUUGUACCUGAUACCUCUCACCUUGUGCAGUCCGCAGAUGGUUGUGAUGUGAAACACAUUGUUAACUCAAGUUUAGCUCUCUUUGAUGACAGUUUAAAUGCUAAUCUUCAAAUAGAAGUCAUGGAUUCUUCAACAGAUGUAGCGGACGUUGAGGAUAACUCUGCAACAGAAAAAAUAAGAAAGAAAGCAGUGAAAAGGACACGCUUGAGGAAAUCUAUCCAUGAAAAAGAGAUUCAGGUCAAAGGGAUUUUGGAAGAGUUUUCUCUUACUAUUGCAAAAUAUUGGUGGCAAAGAUAUAUACUAUUCUCCAAAUUUGACGAAGGAAUAAAAAUGGAUGAAGAAGGUUGGUUUUCCGUCACUCCAGAGUCUAUAGCAAGGCAUCAAGCAACACGUUGCUGUACUGGCAUCGUAGUCGAUUGUUUUGCAGGAAUGGGUGGCAAUGCCAUUCAAUUUGCAAUGAGCUCUAAUCAUGUUAUUGCAAUUGAUAUUGAUCCAAAUAAGAUCGUCUGUGCAAUCCAUAACGCUGGCAUAUAUGGGGUUGAUGAUCGUAUUGAUUUCAUAGAAGGGGAUUCUUUUGUUCUUGGACAGAGGUUGAAGGCAGAUACUGUUUACCUAUCGCCUCCGUGGGGAGGACCGGAUUAUUUGAAAGCAAAAAGAUAUGAUUUACAGACUAUGCUCAGGCCUCUUGAUGGGCGUGCUCUGUUUGAUUUUGCAAAGAAAAUUGCUCCCAAAGUUGUCAUGUUCCUCCCAAGGAAUGUUGAUUAUAACCAACUUGCAGACUUAGCCUUGUCUUCUGUUCCUCCAUGGUCAUUAGAGGUAGAGAGGAACUUCUUGAAUGGCAAACUGAAGGCAAUAACUGCAUACUUUUCUGACCCAUCAAGAAAAAGAAUAGAUAUAUAUUAGAACCACCACAAUAGUGUAUCAUCUGGAGUAAAUUUUGUUUGCUAUAAAAUGUAGAUCAUGUAAAAUUCUCAUUAUUUUAUUUUAUAUUUAUGGUCGAGGCAAGCCGACGAUAACAACUUAUGUAAAUUAAUUUAUUCAAGUGGAGUAGCUUAAG